GAUAAAAAAAAAUUAAUACUUAAAAAAAAAUGGUUAAAGCUCUGUAACACGCCGACGACCACCAUAUAGAGAGCUUCACAUUUUCGACUUUUCUUUGGUUGCAGACUAACCUCCGAUCGUCCCCGUCUUCUCUCUUUCUCGAUUCAGUUUGAGGUUUAUUAACAGCGAGGGAGAGAGAAUGUCAGGUGGGGGUACACAGAACAGCUUUAGAAAAGCACUGGGAGCCCUGAAGGAUACUACCACAGUUUCAUUAGCUAAAGUUAACAGUGAUUAUAAGGAGUUAGACAUUGCUAUAGUUAAGUCAACAAAUCACGUUGAACGUCCUGCUAAGGAAAAACAUAUCCGAGCUAUAUUCGCAGCCAUUUCAGCUACGAGGCCUAGAGCUGAUGUUGCAUAUUGCAUUCAUGCUCUGGCAAGAAGAUUAUCUAAGACACAUAAUUGGGCAGUUGCAUUAAAAACUUUGGUUGUUAUCCAUCGUGCUUUGAGGGAAGUGGACCCCACAUUUCAUGAAGAACUCAUUAACUAUGGCAGGAGAAGAAACCACAUGCUUAAUUUAUCGCAUUUUAAAGAUGAUUCCAGUGCUAAUGCAUGGGAUUAUUCUGCUUGGGUACGUUCAUAUGCCUUGUUUUUGGAGGAGAGGUUGGAAUGUUUCCGUGUGCUGAAGUAUGAUGUUGAGACAGAUCGUGCGAGAACCAAAGAUCUAGGCACUGCUGAGUUGCUUGAGCAGUUGCCAGCAUUACAAGAGCUUCUGUAUCGGGUACUUGGUUGUCAGCCACAAGGAGCCGCAGUUCAUAACUUUGUAAUUCAGCUGGCCCUUUCAUUGGUUGUUUCUGAAAGCGUCAAAAUUUAUCAGGCCAUCAGUGAUGGUACAGUCAAUUUAGUUGACAAGUUUUUUGAGAUGCAACGCCAAGAUGCAAUGAAAGCCCUGGAUAUUUACAGGAGGGCUGGCCAGCAGGCAGAGAGGCUUUCCGAAUUCUAUGAAGUUUGUAAAAGUCUUGAUAUUGCGCGUGGUGAGAAGUUUAUAAAGAUUGAACAGCCCCCUGCAUCAUUUUUACAAGCCAUGGAAGAAUAUGUAAGAGAAGCUCCACGGGUUUCAACAGUUCGUAAGGAACAGCAGGUUGCUGAUAAUAAACUGGCUGCCCCUAAAGAAGUUUUGGCUAUCGAGUACAAGAAGGAACCAGCAGUGCAAGUGGAACAAACAGUGGCACCUCCACCAGCCCCGUCUCCCCCACCACCUGAACCAGUUAAAGUAGAACCAGUCGUGACUGAACAACCUGACUUGUUGGGUUUGAACGAUCCUGUACCCGAGACUACUUCCAAUUUAGAUGAGAAGAAUUCUCUGGCGUUGGCUAUUGUCCCAGUUGCCGAUCAAAAGACCACCACUGCUCCAAGCCAAGUUAAUGGUACUGCAACUACAGGCUGGGAAUUGGCACUCGUUAUGGCACCAAGCUCAAACGAAAAUGUAGCUGCUACAAGCAAAUUGGCCGGAGGGUUGGACUUGCUUACAUUAGACAGCUUAUAUGAUGAUGCAAUCAGAAGAAACAAUCAGAACGUGAGUUACAAUCCAUGGGAGCCAGUCCCAGUGCAUGGUGCCAUGAUGCAACAACAGCCAAUCCACGAUCCCUUUUUUGCCUCGACUGCGGUGGCUGCACCUCAUUCAGUACAAAUGGCAGCUAUGGCCAACCAGCAGCAAGCUUUCAUGUUUCAGCAGCAGCAGCAGCAGAUGAUGAUGACGACCCCUCCACCACAACAGUCAAAUCCUUUUGGAAAUCCUCAUGGGACCAACGCCUACCACUACGGUCCGGGUAUGCCCGUUCAUACUUCCAAUCCAUAUGGUCUCAUUUAACAUCAUUCAAAGAGUUUACUCUGAUAGGAAUGUUAAUGAUCAAUCAUUCUUGGAUUGGGGACUGCUAAAUAUCAAGUAUACAGAUGUACAAUAUGUUGUGUAUGUGCAGUAGUUUAAGUUUAGCUUAGCUAGGAUGAGAUUCUUUUGAUAAUAACUAGUGAGACAGGGCUUUGAUUGAUUAUUUGUGUCAUGAGAGAUGGUAAUAAUGUUUUAGAUACUUGGCAAAAUUGUUAGCAACCUGCUUCACUAUUGUGAAGGAUUAAGCAGGAAAUUUUAAGAUUUUUUUUUUUGCUUUUUGUUUUGUUUUGUUUUUUUUUUUUUUUUGCUUUUGUCUUUUUCCCCUCUCUUUAAGUAGGCUGUUCCUUCUUUCUUAUUCAUGUAGGACUCUGUAAAAUCAAUAUGUAGCAAAUUUAUUUAAAACCUACGUUGUUAUUUAUCCU